GCAGCCCAGCCGGACCCCGAGAGCGUGUUCCGCUGCCCAGCCGGCGACGUCCCUACCACCCCGCUCCCUCGACUUUCAAGAAUCCGAGUUUGUAGGCCCUUUAAAGGAUCCCAGUUGCCCUUCGCCCGGUCCUGAGGAACGGAAGUGGGGGUUCUGGACUCCGGUCCCAGACGGUGGGGAAUCGGGAUGGCUUCCGUGCGGAUCCGAGAGGCCAAGGAGGGAGACUGUGGAAAUAUCCUGAGGCUGAUUCGGGAACUAGCUGAAUACGAGAAACUCUCGGAUCAGGUGAAGAUCACUGAAGAAGCCCUGAGAGCAGAUGGCUUUGGAGAGAAUCCUUUCUAUCACUGUUUGGUAGCAGAAAUUCUUCCCGCCCCCGGGCAGCCACAGGGGCCCUGUGUGGUGGGCUAUGGACUAUAUUAUUUCAUCUACAGCACGUGGACGGGACGCAACGUUUAUCUGGAAGACAUCUAUGUGAAGCCGGAGUAUCGGGGUCAGGGGAUUGGUUCCAAAAUCAUCAGAAAGGUGGCCGAGGUGGCCCUGGAUAAGGGCUGCUCCCAGUUCCGCUUGGCAGUCCUGGACUGGAACAAGAGGGCCAUGGACUUGUACAAGGCCCUAGGAGCCCAAGAUCUGACUGAAGCUGAGGGCUGGCACUCCUUUCGCUUUGAAAGGGAGGCCAUGAGGGAGUUGGCAGGAAAGUGACGCCAUUCCUUGGGGAUCUUUCUCUAUUUGAGCUUCUCCUUCCCCACCAGCUCAAGCACUCCUCAGAGAUUGUUUCCACUGACCAAGGCCUCCCUGAAGAAAGGAGGGUUGGGGUGAAUAUUGCCGAAGUAAGAAAAAAGCAAAAUUAGAGAGGCCCUUCUACCUCCUUGUUGAGGGUGAAAAAUAAAUGAGAAUCACUAUA